GUUUAUAAGUUCCCCUUCCUCUCUUCUUUCUCACUACCAUAAAGCACUCUCAUACCCAUAAUUUUCUCUGAAGAAAGACAACCCAAAACAUCAAUGUCUACUACUCAUGGCUACAUGGCAUUCAUUUAUAUUCUCCUCUUGCUGUCUCCUCUCGGUGGAGCAAUGGCCGGACGCGUUUUAAACCCUAGUGUUACAGUCAGAACAAAGCUAUCAGAAUCGAAAGCUCACGAUUUCGUGGCCUUGAAGCCUGAAUUGAAUCACAGGGGAAAUGUGUUUCACAGCAGGGAAGUAAAAAGUUGCAUGCCAAAGGGGUCUGGGCAUUCAUCAGCUCCUAGCCGAUACGUAAACUACCACACUCUUCGUUCAAUGGGGUGCUCUCCUGGCAAGAAUUCAAGGAAACCUUAACCUUCUGUGUGUGGACAGGAAGUUUUUUUUUUGUUUUUUUGGUGUGGUUUGGAAGAAAGAUUGACGAGACAAUUUACAUGGUUGCUCUGUUCUGUUCAUAGGCAGUUGGUGUAUAUGGAAAUAUAAGCUUUCCAAAACCUUCGAGAGAAGGGGA